AUGCCGCUCAUCGCCUCGCCCAUCAAUGCACACGGAGCGGGCAUGUCGUCCUUGUCACGGAGGAGUCGAAGAGUUCUUGGCCAAAGCUUCAAUUUCCUUCGCACCUUUGCGGCCGCAUCGCCGAUGUUGCCCAAAUUGAGGCUGGUGGGCGCAGGCCUUGCAAAAUUCACCACAGUCACCAGCCAGUGGCUGGCGACUGUGCUGUUCUGGGCAAGGGCAUCGCCCAGCGCCUGCGACGCAUCGGUUCAGCUGCCAGAAGCCAGAAUGUCAAAUAAAGGCAAAGCAGAAUCGCAGUGCAGCGCGUCAUGA